AUGGACGUGGAUGUGCCCCAAACGGUAAAAGACUAUCGCCGAAUUUGCCACCCAGAAGUUGGCAGGACAACUUGCUCUGUAGCCGGGCCGCCGAACGUUUCUUCGGGCUUCAGCUUCGGAGCAGCAACGCGUCACGAUUUCGCAAGCGCUGAAAACUGCUUGAAGGGGUUUUACUCUGUAGCCGAGCAGCUGCCCGACGUCGAUCUAGGCAAACCGGUUGCCCUCCGGACGCUGGCACGCGGCAUCCGUUCAGAAGACGAUCCAGCCGAUGCCGUAUCAGGUCACACCGCGGCAUUUCAGCGUUUCCUCUCAAAUCCAGCGCGCCGAGCGCAAGAAGACCGGAGACUUGGCGUCCCCAGUUGCCGCACAGACAUUGCGGCGCCGAAGAAAAGACGCAUCGAUGAUCGUGUCAACUACAACGAUGAACCCUCCGUUGGACAGCUCCUAGCCCCGGGACCCUUUGAGGAGCUGGGGGUGCUGGAUGAAGCCUUUCUCAUUCGCAGAACUCGCGAUGACCUUCUCAGUCUUGUUCAAAAGUCUGUCAGUGCUACAUAUGCCGACAAGCGGGUUCUAGAACAGGCUGUCGAUACUGCUUUGAAACGAACGGCGGAGGAGCAAUCCACUUCAGCGAUGAAUGAGAAGGAAGCCUCUGCUUCUCUCAUGGACGUGCUUGAUGUUUUUGUGGAAAUACUCGGUGAGCAAGUCGCGCGGGAAACGUGCAGCUGA